CCCGGGCCGCGGCGGCGGCGGCGGCGGCGGCGCCCGGCCCCCUCCCCCGGCGCCGGCCAAGUGAGGCGGUGAUGCGGGCGCUGGCGGCCCCGGCUGCGCCGAGAGCGGAGACACAGGCUCAAGAUGGCAGAUUCCGACUGAGGCUGGGGGGGCCGAGCUCGCGCGCCGCGAUCCCUUCUCCGUUGCCAUGAAUCGCGGACACCCCGGCCCCGAUGGCCCCCGUGUACGAAGGUAUGGCCUCGCAUGUGCAAGUUUUCUCCCCUCACACCCUUCAAUCAAGUGCCUUCUGUAGCGUGAAGAAACUGAAAGUAGAGCCGAGUUCCAACUGGGACAUGACCGGGUACGGCUCCCACAGCAAAGUGUACGGCCCGAGCAAGAACGCGCCACCGUCCCAGCCAGCCGCCGCGACCGUCAGCGCCUCCCUGCCCAUCCCCAACCCCAGCCUCCCGUACGAGCAGACCAUCAUCUUCCCAGGAAGCACCGGGCACAUCGUCGUGACCUCAGCCAGCAGCACUUCCGUCUCGGGGCCCGUCCUCGGCGGGCCGCACAACCUCAUGCGUCGCAGCACUGUGAGCCUUCUUGACACCUACCAAAAAUGCGGACUCAAGCGGAAGAGUGAGGAGAUCGAGAACACGAGCAGCGUGCAGAUCAUCGAAGAGCAUCCACCCAUGAUUCAGAACAAUGCGAGCGGGGCCACUGUAGCCACUGCCACCACCUCGACUGCCACCUCCAAAAACAGCGGCUCCAACAGCGAGGGGGAUUACCAGCUGGUCCAGCAUGAGGUGCUGUGCUCCAUGACCAACACCUACGAGGUCUUAGAGUUCCUGGGCCGAGGGACGUUCGGGCAAGUGGUCAAGUGCUGGAAACGGGGCACCAAUGAGAUUGUGGCCAUCAAGAUCCUGAAGAACCACCCGUCGUACGCCCGCCAAGGUCAGAUCGAGGUGAGCAUCCUGGCCCGCCUGAGCACGGAGAGCGCCGACGACUACAACUUCGUCCGCGCCUACGAGUGCUUCCAGCACAAGAACCACACGUGCUUGGUGUUCGAGAUGCUGGAGCAGAACCUCUAUGACUUUCUGAAGCAGAACAAGUUCAGCCCCUUGCCCCUCAAGUACAUUCGCCCGGUCCUCCAGCAGGUGGCCACCGCCCUGAUGAAACUGAAAAGUCUAGGUCUUAUCCAUGCCGACCUCAAACCGGAGAACAUCAUGUUGGUAGAUCCAUCCAGACAGCCGUACAGGGUGAAGGUCAUCGACUUCGGUUCCGCCAGUCACGUGUCCAAAGCUGUGUGCUCCACCUACCUACAGUCUAGAUAUUACAGGGCCCCUGAGAUCAUCCUGGGUUUACCAUUUUGUGAGGCAAUUGAUAUGUGGUCUUUGGGCUGCGUCAUCGCAGAGCUGUUCCUGGGCUGGCCGCUGUAUCCAGGAGCUUCAGAGUACGAUCAGAUCCGGUAUAUUUCACAAACACAGGGUUUGCCAGCAGAAUAUUUAUUAAGCGCAGGGACAAAGACAACUAGGUUUUUCAACCGGGACACAGACUCGCCGUAUCCUCUGUGGAGGCUGAAGACACCAGAUGACCAUGAAGCAGAGACGGGGAUUAAGUCAAAAGAAGCAAGGAAGUACAUUUUCAACUGUUUAGAUGACAUGGCCCAGGUGAACAUGACCACAGAUUUGGAAGGGAGUGACAUGUUGGUGGAGAAGGCGGACCGGCGGGAGUUCAUCGACCUGCUGAAGAAGAUGCUGACCAUAGACGCCGAUAAGAGAAUCACUCCAAUCGAGACCCUGAACCACCCCUUCGUCACCAUGACGCACUUACUCGACUUUCCCCACAGCACACACGUCAAAUCAUGUUUCCAGAACAUGGAGAUUUGCAAGCGUCGGGUGAACAUGUAUGACACGGUGAACCAGAGCAAAACCCCUUUCAUCACGCACGUGGCCCCCAGCACAUCCACCAACCUGACCAUGACCUUCAACAACCAGCUGAACACUGUCCACAACCAGGCUCCCACCUCCACCAGUGCCACUCUUUCCCUAGCCAAUCCCGAGGUCUCCAUACUAAACUACCAAUCUGCACUCUGCCAGCCCUCAGCGGCAUCCAUGGCCGCGGUGGCCCAGCGGAGCAUGCCCCUGCAGACGGGAGCUGCCCAGAUCUGCGCCCGGCCCGACCCCUUCCAGCAAGCGCUCAUCGUGUGUCCACCCGGCUUCCAAGGAUUGCAGGCCUCUCCCUCUAAACAUGCUGGCUACUCUGUGCGAAUGGAAAACGCCGUUCCCAUCGUCACUCAAGCCCCAGGAGCUCAGCCUCUUCAGAUCCAACCAGGUCUGCUUGCCCAGCAGGCCUGGCCAAGUGGGACCCAGCAGAUCCUGCUUCCCCCGGCGUGGCAACAGCUGACCGGCGUGGCCACGCACACUUCGGUGCAGCACGCAACUGUGAUUCCUGAGACCAUGGCCGGCACCCAGCAGCUGGCCGACUGGAGUAGAAAGAAGAGAGGAACGGAGGCCAUUUAUCACAAUCCCGUUCACUUUCCACUGACAACACCACCCCCCACAUCCACCGCCUCUCAUUGGAAGCACUUUCAAGCCAGGAACACGCAUGCUCAUGGCAGCCAUUACAAUCCCAUCAUGCAGCAGCCUGCAUUGUUGACUGGUCAUGUGACCCUUCCAGCAGCUCAACCCUUAAAUGUGGGCGUGGCCCACGUGAUGCGGCAGCAACCUACCAGCACCACCUCCUCCCGGAAGAAUAAGCAACACCAGUCCUCUGCGAGAAACGUCUCCACCUGUGAGGUGUCCUCCUCUCAGGCCGUCAGCUCCCCACAGAGGUCCAAGCGCGUCAAGGAGAACACGCCUCCACGCUGCGCCCUGGUGCACAGCAGCCCCGCCUGCAGCUCGUCCGUCACGUGCGGCUGGGGUGAUGGGGCCUCCAGCACCACCAGGGAGCGGCAGCGGCAGACGAUUGUCAUCCCCGACACCCCCAGCCCCACGGUCAGCGUCAUCACCAUCAGCAGCGACACGGACGAGGAGGAGGAGCAGAAGCACGCCCCCACCAGCACUGUCUCCAAGCAGAGAAAAAACGUCAUCAGCUGUGUCACGGUCCACGACUCUCCCUACUCUGACUCCUCCAGCAACACCAGCCCCUACUCCGUGCAGCACCGCGCCGGGCACACCACCACCACCUUCGACACCAAGGGGAGCCUGGAGCCACACUGCACGGGGAACCCCCGGACCAUCAUCGUGCCCCCCCUGAAAACCCAGGCCAGCGAGGUGCUGGUGGAGUGUGACAGCUUGGGGCCAGUCAACACCAGUCACCACUCGUCCUCCUUCAAGUCCAAGUCCUCCAGCAACGUGACCUCCACCAGCGGUCACUCUUCAGGGAGCUCGUCUGGAGCAAUUGCCUACCGGCAACAGCGGCCAGGACCACACUUCCAGCAGCAACAGCCUCUCAAUCUCAGCCAGGCUCAACAGCACAUUGCCGCAGACCGCGCCGGGAGCCACCGACGUCAGCAGGCCUACAUCACUCCCACGAUGGCCCAGGCUCCAUACUCCUUCCCGCACAACAGCCCCAGCCACGGCACUGUGCACCCCCACCUGGCCGCCGCCGCCGCCGCCCACCUCCCUGCCCAGCCCCACCUCUACACCUACACGGCGCCCGCGGCCCUGGGCUCCACGGGCACCGUGGCCCACCUGGUGGCCUCCCAAGGCUCGGCGCGUCACACCGUGCAGCACACUGCCUACCCGGCCAGCAUCGUCCACCAGGUCCCCGUGAGCAUGGGCCCCCGGGUCCUGCCCUCACCCACCAUCCACCCGAGUCAGUAUCCAGCCCAGUUUGCCCACCAGACCUACAUCAGCGCCUCUCCAGCCUCCACAGUCUACACUGGAUACCCACUGAGCCCGGCCAAGGUCAACCAGUACCCUUACAUAUAAACACUGGAAGGAGAGGGGAUGGGAGGGAGGCUGGCCAGAGGGAGAGGAGGAGGGACAGAGGGGGGAGCUGGGGCUUCUGUACUGAAGAUGCCGCACAGAAACAAUGCAAACGGGCAGGGGUGGGGGGCAGGGGGCAGGGGGCAGGGACGGGACACAGAUGAAACUUGAACUAGGAAGUAGGAGGACUGAGAGCGGAGGAGAGAACAUUUUGAAAAGGAAGGGAUUUAAGGAGGGGGGAAAAUUAUGCUUUUUAUUUUAAAAAAGAAAAAGGAAAAAAAAAUAAAAAUAAAACGUCAGUAACAAAACAAAAAACCACAGCUCACGAACCCGUUCUGCACCAAACUGGAAAGAAGAAGAAGAAGAGCCACGGAAGAUUCCAGAAGUAGGGGGAGGGGGGCCUCCGUUUUUGAAGAACUUUAUGAACUUUGCAAAGAUUAUUUUCAUAUGGCAGCAAGUGACGUUUAAGAAUUUGCUGUCAGGGACACCUGAUAUGGAAAUCCAAUAGAUUUUUAAUGAUUGAACGUAAGGAUUAGGGAUUUUUCCAGAACUCUAUAAAGGGUCGGGAGCCCUCUGGAAAGGCCAGGCUGUGGCCUGAGUAGGCUGGUGUCUGGGGGUUGGGUCGGGGUUGGCGGAGCCUAGUUCUGGCCCACUUGCCUGGACCGAUGGGGAGGGUGGGCAGGCAGCUGGGCUGAAGGAGGCCCCCGGGAGAGGGUGUGUUUUCUCUUUCUGAGCACUCUGGAUAAAUCCCUAAGCAAUGAUAUUCCUCAAAAUGUCAUGAAUGAUGUGUGUUGCAAACUCUCGCCUUUUUUUUUUUUUUUUUUUUUUUGGUCUUUUCUGAAAACGUCUCUUCUCUUUGAGUGCAUCCCGCGUCUCGUAGCGUAGGGCUCGCGGCGUGGCCAGCACCCUGGUAAAUGUAGCAGUGUGCACCUAUCUGUGCUGCUUUGUGUUCACCCCAUUGAUACCAAUAGACUAUCCUCACUGUAAUUGCACAAGAAAGGCGAUCUCACGCAGGCACGUCCCCCACGCGGUGGUCCAGGUGCGCCCUCCCGCCCCCGGCACCGCCUCCGGCUCUCGCAGACUUGGUUUUUACAUCCUUUCCUCCUAGUGCCUUAGCGACCGGGGACGCGGUUGAGGGUUUACUUCCACGGUACUCCAAGAAGCCGGCUGAGGCGAGUCUCAGCCUCUCAGCCCUUCUUCUGUGCUGUUGCAACAUUUUACUCUGGUCUUUUCCUUUUUUUUUUUUUUUUUUUAAUUUUAAUUUUAUUUUAAUAAGCUGUUGUCUUUCCCCGGGCUGUUUGCUAGCAGAGGAGUGUCAGGGAACUGGCAGGGGCUAGGAGAGUCAGUGGGUCAGGAGACGGCUGCGGGAGGCGGAUGGUGGUGGGUGAGGCUGACGCUGGAGAUGGCUUGGCAUGGCUCUUCCCCUGGUGGACAAAGCAAGAGAGACUGACUCCCCACCCUGCACCUUCACCCAGUUCUGCCCCCAGCGGGCUAGCUCUGCCAUCUGUGGGAUCACAGAUCCCAUCUCAGUUUCAGGAAUGUUGGCCUUGCUCCUGACGCAAGGAGCAAAGGAGAGGAGCGGCCUGCAGCCUCCAGGCCCGCCACUGGCUUCGGGUCGGUCGCCCCCUGUCCGCAGGGCGGAGAGCAGGCCUGGGGGCCCUCCCCGUGUUCUCAGACCCGCCCCACACUCCACUUCGCCAGCCCAGCCCAUCUGGCCUCUGCUUCCACCCUCCCACCCCACCAGGCUGUGUUUUUCUCUCAACCAUUUUGCCUGAUCCCUUUCUCUGUAGACAACCGCCAACCGUCAUUUGCUGCUAAAUCUUUCCUCGCGUAACCCAGGCCUACCCCAGGCAGGCCUUCGUUUCUGGUUUUUGAGGGUUCGGGUGGGCAUAAGGCUGGAGGGACAUUCACGAGGGUGAGCCGGUGAUCUUGGACCGCCCUUGGGAAAACACGCCCACGGGCAGUCAAGUUUCCAAGGAAGUUUGCCGUUUGCCCUCUGUGCAUCGUUGAUAACGUUCUGGAAAUUUCCUCAGGCCUUGAACACUGGUGGGGGUCGGGGUGGAGAGGUGUCUCUAUCCAUAGCAAAUUACUGUUACACACGAAAACAUUGGGAGGUGCUGUCUGGUCCCAGACGGGAUUUUUAACUGUGGUCCUCACUGUUUGAUGCUUGAUGCAGAGCCCCUGACCCCAAAGCCAAGCUUCCAAGGUGCAGAGAGAUCGCUCCCGGGUUCGAACAGCAGUCCGCACCCCCCUCCCUCACUUGCCUUCCCCAUCCUGCGGUCUCCCUUAACGAUCUACUGUGAAAGGUGUUUUUAAUCUUGAUAUCCGACCUAAUUCAGUAACGAAGCCCAGCCCUUACCUUAGCUCUUAGCUGUGAAAUGUGAAAUAACUCUGGAAAAUAUCCCCUCUCCAUGCAUCAAUUCUACUUAAACGACAAAGAAAUCGGUCCCCAGGUUGGAACCAGCUUAGUCGCGGCCUCAGCCUGGAAGGAAGGAAGGACCCCGUGUCCGCUGGGGAGCCACCUACAGCAGGACACAAGGGUGUCUUCAUGGCGCCACAGUCGGUGCAUCUCCUAUCUGGACGUGGGGAAGUGCCGCCAUUCUGAGACAACCAGAAAGUGGUCCAUGGGGGUGGGGGCGGGGAAUGUGCCAGAGGACACGUGAGCCCGCGCACUCACGGAGCCACGCCAGCCUGCGGAUGGAUCUCCGCUCUGGACUCGCGGCAUCCAGGGGGCAGCAGCGCCCCGUCCGACCCUCCCCGUGCCCAGUCGCACAAGUCAUGGCUGCAAACGAGCCAGCGUUUUUGCCUUAUUCGGUAGCAUACUGGACCCCUGGUACUGUUCACUUCCAGCGCUUUCUAGAUCUGAUUUUUUAACAGGAAAAGACAACGUAGCCUUCCACUUUAAUGAAAAUUAUUUUGUCUACUUAAGUUGGAAGUUACUCUUUCACCUGACAUUUUCUUUCCUUUCCUUCCUGAUCAGGAAAUGAAAGUUUCAUGCUGCUCAUAAAGAUAAUAUUAUUGUACUAAUUAUUUUGGUUAUUAACCUUUGUAAUUAUUAUCCUAAUCAUCAUUUUGAUAUUUUAGUUGGGGUUUUAAAGUGCACAUUUAUUCCAAGUAUCUUUGUGUUUUCUCUUUAAUAUUUAAAUUUAUUUUAUUAUAUCUGUGAGUAUCUGAGUAGACAGGAGGGACAUCCAGAUGUCCAGUUUUGUCAGACCAAAAAGAAAAGAAAAGGAAGGAUUCAGGAAUCAGGAAAAAGCUGUCAAGAAUGAUCCACUAGAGAACAGAAGUCUGAAGAAGAAUCAAAGCCUUUAUCUCUGGGUAAGCCAGCUUGGGCUCUGGACAGCAUGGUUCGUGGUCACCAUCAAGACUAGAUUUUUCUAGACUCUCAGUGGCCUGGGAAGAGAUCUGAGGAGGCACCUUGGAGGCUGAACCCUCAGCAUGGUCCUCUCCAACCUCCCCUGUGCUUCUGAAAUCUGCUAAAUAGACCCUGGGCCUGCCUCGCAUCUGAUACUGACCUGUCAAAGAAAAAAAAAAAAAAAAAAGCCCUCUGCCCAGAGCUGACCCAGCCCCCUCCCUAAAAGUCCCCCCUUUUCCCAUCAGCCCACCAGAAGUGUGGCUUAUACCCUUCAGUGUAUAGAGAAUGUUGCCUCCUAGAAGCCACUGAAGGUAAACGAGCUGAUGGAAGGUGCUUAGGCAGGUGGUACCUUCCCCUGGGAGAUGUCAGCCUCCCUGCCCCUCACAAACCACACUGCCUGCUUCUUCAGUCCCUGCCCCCACCCAGUACAUCUCAGCACACAAUUCUAGGGACAAACUGUGGAGCCAAAAAAAUAAUAAUAAAUAAAAUAGGGAUAGUAGGAGUCCAGAAGAGCACUGACCAUGUCCAGCAGGUCCUCGGACAGUGUGGGCUGCUGCCCCCAUGAACUCGUUGGCCAGUGGAGGGGCACAGUGGGGCCUUACAGCGAUGCCUACUGGGCUCUGACUGUGCCCUCUAGGCCACCAUGCAGGGUGCCAUGGGCUUUCUAAAUCAGCUUGAGGUGCCCACACGCCGCCCACCAAACCCAGAAACUACCAGGCCCCAGGUGGGUGAAGUAAGGCCUGGAAUGACGGGCUUCACUGAGGCUAAUGAAGGGAGACGCCAGGCCAUGCCCAGCCCCCCACCACUCAGCGAACAUUAGUAUCCUCCCCGCAUCCCCACCUGCCUUUUUCUUCCAACCCAAGCACAGAGCUGUGGGUCUGAAGCCCUCGGAGAAGGCCCUAGUGGGAGAGAUGAGCCCCUCUGUGGGUUCCUUAACAGCUGCUUUAACUCCCACCCCACCCUCCAACCCUGAGUCGCCCUGGCAGAUAGGCUGAAUAAAGGCUGCCCGUCCCCAGGACCCAGCUCCCAAGUGGAGAGAUGCCAACCUAGUCUUCAUGUAGACCACAAAUAACCUAGAACAUCAUCUGCUCUGGAAUUGGCUCCAUCCUCCUUUACUGAAGCAACGUGGUUACGGCCCAGAGGGGCAGGCUAAAAAAGACAGGUCAAGGGGAGCCUCGUAACUGGAGCCCUGGGAACCGCAGGUUGAUUUGCUUCUGCUCAUGUGGUCUCGCGGGCGCCUCGGGUGUUUGCACCGCCAUCUCUGUGCUUAGUGCCUCCUUUCACGAUGUUUUGGCUGUUUCCAAGGGAAGGGUGAGCAGGCCGAUGGGUGGGAGGGUCUGAGGCUUGGUGCCAAUUAAUACUGUGAUGUGGAGCAUGUGGUUGGUCGAAUUCAGAGGGAAAGGAAGGGUUGGUUGUCUCCUGGACUGUCUUUGCAUUCUGGCCUUACUGGUGGUGAGUGGCUGGUGGGCUGUGGGAGCUGGAAGACUCAACCCGCCCAGACACCAGAUUGUGGGAUGUAAGGAAGGCAAGGAAAGAUCAGCCCAGCUGUUGACAGGCGGAUUUCCCUCGACCGGAUCUCUGGAAUUGCAGACACUCAUUUUUGAACAAGCUCAUGGUGGAGGAUUUGGGUUGUGUGAGUGUGUGUGAGUGAGUGGAGCAGACUUUCUUGGAAACUGGAGGAAGGAGAUGAGGAGGCUUAAGGAACUAUUGCUGAUGGGCUGUGGUUGAUGAAACAUGGUGGGUUGACCGGCCGGCCCCAGCUCUCAUCCUGGGUUCUCUGGUGCUGGGGGCGGGGUGGGAUGUGGGGCUCUCCAUGGCCUGUUAAGUAGCUGCGGGGACAGAACAGAAGAGAAAAACGAGGUGCCCUCCAGCAGCAGAGAGGCCGGGGCUCCUUCCGUGGGUCGCAGACCUUGCGUGGCACUGCUCAACACCAGCCCAAGCGAUUGUGCCAUGAAAUAUUCCAGCCCCAGAGACCCAAGUUGUUUCUCGCCCCUUCUCUGUGUUUUCUUUCUGGUGUGUCUUAGAGAUUUCAGAUGGGGAAGGCUCAGAGUUGAGCAAGCUAGAGCUGUCCUAACCAAAUUGGAAAGGAAGGUGAAAGUGUUCCUUUCUUUAGCCAAAGACCCUCUCCUCAAAGACACCCCCAGAUGUGGACAGAAUGGCAUUCCUCUGUCCUUCCUCUCCCGGCAAUAAUGACUCUGUCAGUGAUGCAAUCCCGUUUACGUCCUUCUCUUGCCUGACUUGUUUUGGGUUUUUUGUUUUUGCCUUUAUUUUAAAACUGUGCUCAUCUUGUAAGUGGAGUGGAGGUUUAUAACCCCCAAAUGCUGCUGCUGUCAGGAAACUGGAAGUAUUGCAUGGAUCUGUGGGUGGAACUCACCUUGAGUUACCUCGGGUAUCUGCCGGAGCAGACCAGCCAGGAGGUGCGGCUCUGUCUGGGUCAGGUGCACGCCAGAACUGGGCUCAGGGGGUCAGUAUUUUUCCACUUCGAUGCCUUAGGAUUCUCACUUCUGAGUUCCACAGACGGGACUCAGUGGAGAGAUGGAGAUGGCGAACUGAUAUUUAAAGGCAGUAGAAACCCCUUGAAGGCUUUUGGCACCCUCACUCACUUGAGCGACCCAACCUAGGAGAGGUUUUUCCCAUCCUUCUGGCAGCUCCCAAAAGUCCAAGAGAGCCAGCUCUGAGCCAGUUCUUCAUUUGAGACUCAGUGAGAAUCUGCAGAGAAGCGACCCUUCUGCGGGGCAUGCUUGCUCAGGGUACCUCUGCCAGAAGGGAGCUUCCUGACGCCCCAGCUUGAGUCCCAGGAGCCUCUGCAAGCCCCUAAUUGCACUCUCAUUGCAUUAGAAUUUCACGUUGACUAUCUCUUUGUUAAAACUUGCCAUGUCCCUCGAGUAGGAGCCAACAUUUGUCAAGUAGGAGCCAACAUUUGUCGAAUGCUUUCAAUACACCAGGCUCAUCCCAAGCCCUUAGUGAGCACGGCCUCCCGGUACCCUCAGACCCACCCCUAUUCACAACACCCCUCUCCUCCAUUUACAGAGGAGGAAGUUGAUGAGACAGUCGACUCUCUGAGAAAGUAGGCUGUGCUAAGGAAAGGAAAUACAAGGAUUGGGGGUGGCCCCAAAUCCCCGAGCUUCUCGUGAAAUUUUGUGUUCUUGAGACCUUUACUAACUGAAUUUGUUUCCCUUGUUAAAUAAUCAUCAGUGAGUGGCCUCGUGUUUCUGGUGAACCAUCUAAUGAUGCUCCCAUUGACUGUGUGCCAGACACUGUGCUGGAAGUUGCUCCUGUUUAUCCCGUUUCAUUUCGUCUUCAUAACAGCCCUGUGAAAUCGGCAGUACUAGUCCCUUUACAGAUGAGGCAGACGGCUUGGUGAACUGGUAACCAGCCCAGGGUCACCCAAGCCAAUAGGGAAGGCCGGCCGUGACCUGGGUCUGCCCAGCUCACAGACACCGGCCUCAGCUGUCUCCUGGGUGUGUGUGCGAAGAAGGGCCUCACAGGAGCGUUGCCCCGCACCACCCCUGCCCUGUGCACGGAGCUCAGCAGAAGGUCUGUAUGUAGAGGGAGUCCUGAAUCUGAUCCAGGCAGCAAGGGCAGAAUUAGUUUGACUUUUAGAGAAAAUCUUAGGGGAGUUUCUUUUGAUUAAUCAUAGAGGGUUCAUUUUCGAUUCCUUUUCAGUGAACCAACUAGCUUUAGCGUGCUGCUGCUGCAACAAACUCUUAUAGGAGUGAAGAAAAAAAAAGUGUUCUUUUCUUCUUUUAAAAAAAUAUUUUUUUCUUGCUUAUAGUUAAUUCUAGAAAGGCAAUACUAAAAGUAUAUAUUUUCUUCAAAAUACUAUUUUUUACUGCACUGAUAAAUAUCAUAACGACUCUGGUCUCUGUAAUCAAUCCACCCUUCAGCUCUGGGUAGAACCAAAGGCAGGAUUCACACCAAAUUUGUAAAUAAUCAUGUGUGAGUCUGGUGUCCAGGAACUGUUUUUUCUUUGUGUUUAAAAAAUUUAAAAAAAAAAAGAAAAAAGAGACAAGAUCAAGAUGAUAUUUAGAAAGAGGAACAAAAUUAAGUUUCCUUUCAAGAUAGCCUUCUCAAAGAAAUGGGAAGCAACAUGUUGUGCAAACUGAAGAAAAAUUAGCCAACUUUCAGGAUACAAGGAAGGAGAGCCUCUGGCUGAGGUGGAGAUUAACAGUAACCUAGAAACAUGUUUCCUUUGGUUGAAAGGUGGCAAGAAUUUAGCAAUGCUUUAGAACUAGAUUUUUCAUUUUGUGGAAAACCAUUACCAUUUGUUACGAAAUAUCUCUGCAGUUGUUUGGAAUGGGGUUUUCAGUUUCUUUUUUUUUUUCCUUUAAAAAUUUCCUUAUUGACUGGCUCCAGGCAUGUUUGCCUCAAUUCUUAGGUAGUUUACACAAGUUCUAGAGUCUUCUAGAGCUUUAAUUCCAUUGGAAGCAAACCCAGCUAAUCAGAAUUUGAGAUCCUGGUUGGUUUGAAUAGGUAUUCUGGAAUUCUUGACAGAACACCUGAAGACUUCUUUUUUUUUUUAAGAAGGUUUUAGAUACGUUAUCUUACACAAACUGUGACCUGAUGGCAAUAAUUACCUCAAAUGUGGGCAUUCAUCCUGGUUUUAGCCUUUUUUGAAAUCAUGUAGCCAGCUUGCUCUUGGAAUUUAAAAGACUAUAAAUAUAAACUCUGUGUGGGCUGAAAAUAACGAUUACUGCACACCCUGGUCAUUGUUGCUUAAGUGAACUCUGAAAAUAGGUAAUCUUUACAACAGAAAUUAAACCAAGGGAGAGAAUAUUCUUUGUGUUUUGUAAUCAAAUGUGAGUUUCAAAUGCACAUGUUUAAGUAUAUAUGUUUUUAGCUACUGUAAAAUGCUGUUAGCCUUCUAAGAUAUCAAGAGAGUCACGUUUUAAGUGCAUAAACUAUAAACAAUUGACUGUGGAUAACUAAACAUAUUUCUGGCCACGUUUUAUAGUUAAAGUAUUUUAUAGUUUACAUUUAAACUGGUACUUUUUAAAGAAAAUUUCUGUUUAUAACUGAUAUCUUCAGAGCCCAGCAAUUGCCUCUUCAGUUGGAGGCCACAUUCCUCCCGAGGCAGGUGUGUUCUGCCCCUACUGUAGCCCACCGUGAGCAUGUCCAUCCCUAUUGCUGGUUUCCAUGGGAACUCGAGAGAAUGUAAAGGGAUUUCCAGGUUGAGCAGGAAGGGGUGAGUCCACAGCCUGGGCCAGGUGCAAAGAUCUGCCACGUGAUAUGCACACUGGUGGUCAAGGCCUUCCCUUUGACAUCUUGGAAGAGGCAGAGAGAAUAGACAUCUGGUUCAUUGAUUUUGUCUUGAUUUGAAUGUUUAAUUUAUUAAUCGACCCACUGACUUCCAGGCACCAGGCAGUAGAAGACACUGGGAUUCAGGUGGCCCCAAAGGUACAGCUGCUAUUUCUGGGGCCCCAGCAAUACUCUGAUUGGUGUUUUGCAGGGGAGAGUCAUACACCCCCAUGCCUAUAUUUACUGGUUGGGUUUUCCAUAUAUCUGCUGUCAUUUAAUUCCUUUUGUCCUUUAAAACAAAGUAAGUGUAAAAGGAUAUGUUUACUUUUUACUGUUUAUCAAACUUCUGUUUGAAGCCUAGGUCAUUAGGAGGUGGGAUCUAGAUUUUUUUUUUUUUUUUUUUUAACAGCUCAGUGUUUUAUUCAGUAAGCAGAGGGUAAGUAGUACAUCCUCCAGGCGUGAGGGCAGGCCGACCCCAAAGGAGAGGCCUAGACUCUUUUUUUCUAGAGAUUGUAAGUGCUGCUGAGCAGGAGGAAGGGACUGGAGACUGAAGGGCAGCUGGGGGGCAGAUGAUGAGAUCUAUCCAAGUAGAGGUCACAAUUGAGAGGCCCCGUCGCCAUGCAGAAGCAGCCUGGAGGGCACCAGUUGCCCUAAAUGUUUUGGUUCAUUUCUUAUUUUGUGCCACAACCUUAGCACAGAGGACCUGCUGUGAUCCAAAGGGCAUUCCUUUAGCAAAUAACACCUUAAAAGCUGCAGAACACCUGGGACCAGGGAACUGGUGGUGGUUCUUAAUGCACUUGCUUUUUCCUUGUGAACUCUGUUGACAGCACGUUCUUAUCACAGUAUUCGGUUGGAAAUGUCACUGUAAAAUAGUUUUUGUCUUGCCCCUCCUAAUUCAACUAUCACUUUCCUCUGGUUUUCUCCCGUGAUUUAAAUAACCAAAUAUAUUUUAUGUCAUUGUCUUUGGGGCUUAAUCAUAUUUUUAAAAAACAGAGGAAUAGAAAUUAGCUUUUUUUUUUUUUUUUUAGUAAAUAUGCUGUAUCUGAAAAAAGGGCUCUGCCUUCUCUCUCGUUUCCUUUCAGCCAGCCUCCACGCAAACCUCCCAGCACCCUUGCCCUCUUCUUGUGUUGGGGCACUGCCCCCCCCACCGCCCCCACACGUGGCCACCUUGGCCUCCGCCCUGCUGUCCCCACAGCCCCAUCCAUGCCCAGGCACCCAGGACGCCCAGGAAGCUCUCAAGAGCCAGGAAGAAGGACCCACUUAGCCUUGCCAAUGGUGGUCUUGCCUCCCUGUUAGAUAUUCGCCUGCUUGGUUGAAGGGGCAAUGGAUUUAUUUUUAUUAUUAUUAUUUUAAUAGUUUGGCUCAGGUUAUAAGGAAGAACUUGGGAAAUGGAAAGUGACUUGACCAUGCCCAUCCUUUGUAGCUUUCUGUGACUUCUGAAUGGAACCUAAAGCGUGCCCCACCCCAGUUCCCUCUCCUCCCUUCCGGCAGAUACUCCUGUAGACGCCUCCACGACUCGUGGUUUCUCCCUUCCAUCUCAUCCUUCCCGUCACUUUCCACCCUUUCACCGUUGCGUUACUGCUCCUUUAAAGCUUUCUCCCAUGGCUUUUCCAGGGCACAAUCAUUUCUGGCCCCCAAAGCACCUCCUCAUCCUCUUUGUGUGCGUUUCUUUAACCAAAUGAAGUAGACCCGGAAGUCAUACUUUGGGGCGGUAGGAUUUCUAGUCUAGGAGAAUCACUGUAUAGAUAAUAGAUGUUGAUAUAUAUGUGUGUGUAUAUAUAUAUCAAACCAAAUUUCGGAUAGGAAAAGUAUAGCUUUAUGGAUGAGGAAGGAGAGGAGCUUUUGGAAGCUGGUUGGUAUAUCAGAGGAGCCAGGGAUGACCCAGGCUGCACCGUCGCACAUGGACUGGAAAAGCAGGAUGCGGGGGACCCAGGCACCACCUCGGGCUGCAGUGGAGGCAGGUGGCCCCGAAGGGUACUGCUGCUCUCUCUGGGUCCCCAGUAACAGGGCAGAGAUGAGUGUUGGGGGGUGGGGGAGGGCGGUACAACACAUCAGAAUGACUGGAAUUUUCCAUCCCGUUUUGCUUUGACCACAUGUAUUGAGCUGCAGCCUCUGAUAUUAUAUCCCGUUUCCAAAAAUGGUAUCCAUUAGGAUGGAAAGAGAAGGCAUCUGUAGAAAUGUUUACCUUUCAACUGCCCACACAUCAGGACACUCUGGAUAGAAAGACUCACUCCCCAGAAAGAGCAGGGAAGAGGAGAUCCGGUGAGGCUCGGUCACCGGUCCAAGGAACGUGGCUCCUCCCCAGGGCCAUCUCGCCCAGAUCUCUCUCUACCAGGUCAUCUCAGCUCAGUUACCCUACGGAAGCCCUGGUCUGUUGUGUUCCUUCACUGUACGGUUUCUGUAAUAAAAAAAAAGUGUUAAUCCAUGUUAAUCUUUGUGAAAAUUAUUGCGUGCAACAGUAUUUUCUCGUGUACCUCUUUUUCCUAUGUGAAUUGUCCCUCUUUUCUUUUUUUAUUUAUAAAUGUCUACUUUUUUUAAAAAAAGACAAACCAAUGUGUCGUAGGCCUAUAUGUAACCUAUUCCUUAGUCUCAUAUUAUAGGUAUGUUAUAAGAAUGGAUAUUUUACUUGGCUUUAGAAUGUUUUACAAGAAAAAUAAUUCUUAACUGAUCCAGUCCUUGCUACUAAAAUGCUUGUGUUUUUCAUCAUGACGUCGUGUGCUUCUAAAUUAAUGAUCAUUUUCGUUGUAGAAAAAUGGAGUGAAUUUAUAUUAGUCUUGGAAACUAAUAAUAGCAUUGUAAAUUUAUGAGAUGAUUUUAACAGAAAAAAAUUAUAGAAGAAUAUAGUUAUUUUAAUUGUAAUAUUACUAACUGUAGGGUGAGGAAGGGGGGGGUCCCGUUGUGGUGAACUAUGUUAUAGCUUGUUACUCACAGUUUCUUUUUGAUCAUUUUUUCGGUCUCUGAGGUGAAACGAGUUAUUAAUUAAAAUUUGUAAACUCACAUAUGCAUAUUGUAUAUGUGUAGAAAUGUAAUCACACUUUGUCUUGGAAUUACAUUAAACUGUUUGGAAUCACUGUA